UUUGUGUGGCUGGGACCCGGCUCCUCGCACUCCGAGUCCGCCCGAGGAGCCGGGCCCCGGACGCUGUCCAGCCGCUCUGUGCCCAGCGCGCCCUGCGCCGCCGCCUUCGGGGAGACGCUGCCACCCGCUCGCCAUGGAUACUCCUAGGGUCUUGCUCUCGGCCGUCUUCCUCAUCAGUUUCCUGUGGGAUUUGCCAGGUUUUCAGCAGGCUUCCAUCCCAUCCUCCUCGUCGUCCGCGGAGCUGGGCUCAGCCAAGGGAAUGCGAAGCCGCAAGGAAGGGAAGAUGCCGCAGGCGCCGCGGGAGAGUGCCACGGCCCGGGCGUCCCUGGAGCGCCAGGAGCCGCAGCCGCGGCCGCAGAACGAGCUCCGGCACCGGCAGCAGCCGCAGCCCCAGCCCCAAGAACAGGAGCUUCCGGGCAGGGGCCCGCGCGUGGUGCCCCACGAGUACAUGCUGUCAAUCUACAGGACUUACUCCAUCGCUGAGAAGCUGGGCAUCAAUGCCAGCUUUUUCCAGUCUUCCAAGUCGGCUAAUACGAUCACGAGCUUUGUAGACAGGGGACUAGACGAUCUCUCUCACACUCCUCUCCGGAGACAGAAGUAUUUGUUUGAUGUGUCCACACUCUCAGACAAAGAAGAGCUGGUGGGCGCAGAGCUGCGGCUCUUUCGCCAGGCGCCCACCGCGCCCUGGGGGCCGCCGGCCGGGCCGCUCCACGUGCAGCUCUUCCCCUGUCUGUCGCCCCUGCUGCUGGACGCGCGGGCGCUGGACCCGCAGGGGGCGCCCCGGGCCGGCUGGGAAGUCUUCGACGUGUGGCAGGGCCUGCGCUACCAGCCCUGGAAGCAGCUGUGCUUGGAGCUGCGGGCGGCCUGGGGUGAGCCCGGGACCUGGGAGGCCGCGGCGCGCGCGCCAGGGCCCCAGCAGCCGCCGCCCCCCGACCUGCGGAGUCUGGGCUUCGGCCGGAGGGUGCGGCCCCCCCAGGAGCGCGCCCUGCUCGUCGUGUUUACCAGAUCACAGCGCAAGAACCUGUUCGCCGAGAUGCGCGAGGUGCUGGGCUCGGCUGAGGCCACAGGCCCAGGAGCCGAGGGGUCUUGGCCGCCGCCGUCGGGCGCCCCGGACGCCGGGCCUUGGCCGCCCUCGCCAGGCCGCCGCCGGCGGCGCACGGCCUUUGCCAGUCGCCACGGCAAGCGGCAUGGCAAGAAGUCGAGGCUGCGCUGCAGCAAGAAGCCCCUGCACGUGAACUUCAAGGAGCUGGGCUGGGACGACUGGAUUAUCGCGCCCCUGGAGUACGAGGCCUACCACUGCGAAGGCGUGUGCGACUUCCCGCUGCGCUCGCACCUGGAGCCCACCAACCACGCCAUCAUCCAGACGCUGAUGAAUUCCAUGGAUCCCGGCUCUACGCCGCCCAGCUGCUGCGUGCCUACCAAAUUGACUCCCAUCAGCAUCCUGUACAUCGACGCGGGCAAUAACGUGGUCUACAAGCAGUACGAGGACAUGGUGGUAGAGUCCUGCGGCUGCAGGUAGCGACGCCGUUCCUGCAGCCUUGGUGGGUCCUUAGGGGAGGCCUGACUGCUGAGAGGUGGAGGAGGAGCUGGCCUUGGAGGAGGCAGAGAGUGGGGGAACAGCCUGGACGUGCAGCCCGGUGGGAGAGGAGGGAGUUCAGCCUUCCCAGAACCUUCCACCUGCCAGCUCAGAAGGAGAUACGGAUUUUCACACCUUACCUGGCCAUGCUGGAAAAACAUGCCAAGGAGAAUUUCUUUAGUUUUUAUUAUAGUGGCUUUGGAUUUCCUUGUGUGUCUCACAGGUUUUGACAGGAGAUUGAGGGAGUCACAUACCUGUUUCUUAACUGCUCCAUGUAUUGGAUAACCAGUAGUUUAAGAAGAGAUCCUGUGUGGGAGGAAGAACCACCUUUGACCCAUUUCUUGCUUUGUUUUUCACCAGUGUAAAGAAGGUGGGGUCUUUCUGGCCAUGUCAUAGCCCAUGCCUUCUGACCUCCCAAGGAGAAAGUGUUAAAAUAGAGGAAGUGGCACAGAGAAUAAGGAAGCCAGGGAGGGACCUGCUUUUAGUAGAGCUUUAAAAGAGGUGCGCCCAAGUGGGCCUUUCUGCUUCUUGUAUACCCAGCUCUGCCCUCGUUUCUCCCAGCGUACAAAACUGGCAACUGGCAUCUCCCUUCAGGGGGCUGAGGUCACUGCCUUUACUGUAGCUUUUUCUGGUGGGGAAAGGGGAGCUGGUAUGGGUGGAAUGACAAGAAUGAGUCUGAAUGGAAUUCCCUGAAGGACAGUGAGAAGCCACAAGGCCUCUGACAGGGCUGAUGCUGAGUGCAUUACAGGCAAGAGGUAAUCCAGGAAAAACCCUUUGCCAUGUCUGUUUCUAAUUGAUUUUUUUUGGACAGAAAUUGCCAAAAUUCAGACAUCCCUUUUAAAGGGGAAGGUGAUUUCCCAGUUAACAACAACAAAAAAAUGGGUAUGGAUGGGAAACUAUGUAACUAACGGAAGAGGUGCAGAGGAGGGGAAAGUGGCCCAAGAAGAAGGUAAAGUCAGGAGGAGAGGUGGUGGGCCCCACAGAAGGAUGGGGAUAAAGGGCAGGCUAGGAGCAGGGAGAGAAGGAUGAAAGGGGACACAGUCCCUGCCUCUGAAGUUUCUUUAAAAUCUGUGUUCCCUGCCCUCUCUCUGACAUUCCUGAAAGAUUAUCAGCCAGCAAUAGUCCAGGACUCCCCCAAAAGAAUUAUUGCAGAUUGUAAUUAGCAGUUAGGCAAUCUUUGUAAAACUUAGUAAUGAGAAACUGUGAAAAGAGCAAAGUGUUACAUUGAGCUCCCCUGGGAGGUGGGGAAUGGACAGUGAGGAAGGAGGCAGAGGUAGAACUCAUUUUCCAGAAGGAAGCAGGAGAGAGCACAGCACAAUUUAAUACCCAUUCCCAGAUUGGCACAAAUGAACAUUUCCCUUGACUGCACCAGUGUUAUUUUCAAACAUUGUCCUUGAGUAUCAGGUCCUCUGAAGGGUUAGCUUCCUUCUCGUCUUUGACCAUGAAAUGGUUUCAACAAGUUAACUUGUACAGAUCAUUAAAAAACGUUUGUUUUUCCUACAUGGUUUUGCUCUCCCCAUCUAAACCUGUUACUUGUUUGGUUCAGAGAACUACAAACUGUCCAAGAAAGGGUGAGAAUGAUAAUAAAUGCUAAUAUAAAAUGCUAAGUAAAAAAAAAAAAAGAAAGACUUGGCCAGGAGAAAUAAUUUAAAUGCACAUUUGCUUUGGAUGCACUGUUGUUCUGUUAAGGCUGUAUAUAUUUGUUUAUUUAAGGUGACUGAAAGUGCAAAGAGGAAAUGGACAGCAUGCAAUUCAUCUUAGUGUACAAAAUGUUAUAUGCACUCAAAUGUUAUAAUUUCUAAUAUUUUUAAAGUUUAUAUUCGAGUUGUACAAAGUUAAGCAUUAAUCAGAUAUUUCAUUCUUUCAUAAUGUUAUCAUUUUCUUAAAUAUUAUAACAAAAUUUUAAGUCUGUCUAAUGGAGAGUUUUUUUAACUGUCUACCUCACUAUAAUACAAGUAUU